CUCGAGUAGCGGUAAGGGACCGUGCCUCCGGGGAGCGGCGCGCUCGCGGAAAAAGAUUUCCGCUUGGAAAUUGAACAGCUCCUGGGAAGAUGGACAUCUGUACUGAUUUGCAAACUAACUAUGCUGACCUGGUUCUGGAUGUGGGAAGAGUCACUCUUGGGGAGAAGAAUAGAAAUAAAAUGAAAGAUCGUCAACUGAGAAAAAAGCAGAAUGAUAAAAUCUCACGAGCUGUGUGUGCUGAACUGAAUUCUGGAGGGGGCGUGAUCAAGGCCGAAAUUGAGAAUGAAAACUAUAGUUUCAAAACUGAUGGAAUAGGAUUAGAUUUGGAAAAUUCUUUUGGGAAUUUGCUUCCGUGCGUUGGUAAAUACCUGGACUUCAUGCAGCAAGAUAAUUACUUUCUGAUUUUUGUCAAAUCAUGGAGCUCAGAAAUCCCUGGUCUGAAAAUUGUCACCUUGAGCUCCAAUUUGUACAAAAGAGAUAUAACAUCUGCAAAAGUCAUGGAUCCCAUUGCUGCACUGGAGUUCCUCAAAGACAGGAAGGAAAGAGGAGAGGUAUUGUCUCCAAAACCGUUAUCGCCGCCAAAGAGGUUGUGUUUUGGUGUACAAGAAGAAAGUAACAUAGAGGCCGCAGCUGCUGACUUUUUUAACAGGACGGAACUUAGGUAUAAAGAAAAACUCACUUUUACUGAAUCCACGCAUGUUGAAAUGAAACAGUUCUCGACAGAAAAGUGGUUUCAACGCAUUAAAGAGAUUCUCCCUCAGUAUGUUUCUGCAUUUGCAAAUACUGAUGGGGGAUAUUUGUUUAUUGGUGUAAGUGAAGAUAAACAAGUGAUUGGCCUUAGAGCAGAAUCAAGUGAUCUUGACAAGUGGAAAGGAGAAAUAGAAACAUCCAUUAGGAAGUUGCCUGUCUAUCACUUCUGUGGGAGGAAUAGGGAGAUAAAAUACUCACACAAAUUCCUUGGAGUAUAUGAUGAAGGACAUCUUUGUGGGUAUGUUUGUGCUCUCAAAAUACAGCGAUUCUGCUGUGCCGUGUUUGCUAAAGAGCCGGACUCCUGGCAUGUGGAAGACAACCGUGUGAGGCAGAUGACCGUGAAUGAAUGGAUCCGGUUCAUGGUGGAUGCUGAACCAAGUGAGGAAGGACCACAUUUUUCCAGCUUAUUUGAAGAGAUGGGGCUUCAGCGAAGUAGGUUGUCACCAAUUCCCCGGAGUCAGCCUGUUGAUAAUUGUAAGCAUUUGGAAAGUUGGAAGCAGAGAUGUCACCUUCCAGUGCCAUCAGAAAAGACAACAUAUGUUCCAGAAGCUCUCUACAUGAAACUAUUCUUACAACAUGAAGGACUUGCACAGGUAGUACAUAAAGCAGUGGGCUCUGUUCAUCAAGGUACAUUGAUCUUUUCUAGGAGCUGGUCUUUGGAUCUAGGCUUACAAGAGAAUGAAAAUGUCAUCUGUGAUGCUCUUCUAAUUUGCAAGGACUGUCCACCAGUCCUCUAUACCUUCCUCAGGGUACUGGAUGAGGGGUUAAAAAGCUAUUCUAUACAAACUGCCUUAACUUUAAAGCAGAAACUGGCAAAAAUUGGCGGUUACACUGGGAAAGUGUGUAUCCUGACAAAGACCUUAUCCUUGAGUGAAGAAUCUUCUACCUCAACUGAAGGCAGUGCAGGGCUUCAUCAUGGUUCAAGCCUCCCAGCACUUUACCCUACGCCGUACAAUUGUAUAACCAGUGAAACAAUGAAAGACUUGAAGAAGGCCCUUUUUGUAGUCUUAAAGAGACAGAGAUCUUCGAGUGAGCAGUUUGCCUCUGAGGUUUCUCAGCACCUCUUACAGUAG